AUGCAGCCCACAGCCACCAUGGCUACGGCCGCCGCCGCCGCCGCCACCACCACCACCACCACGGUUGCCCUGACCACGACGUGGGACAACGCCACGGAUCGCCCCACAGCAGAGCCGGACCCAGUCCUGGACAACUAUCUGCUCCUGAUGGUGGUGAUGGCGCUCUUUGUCGGGGGUGCCCUCGUGGUGCUGUCGGGUGCACUGCUGCUCUGCAGGCGCUGCUGGGAGGUGCACCGACGCCUCCACAGAGCCCCAGAGGAAGCAGAGAAGACCACCACCACCUACCUGGACAACGGUGCCCACCCUGCCCAAGACCCCGAGUUCAGGGGGGAGGAUCCGGAGGGUCAGGACACCGAGACCCAGCGCUUCUUGUCCACCAGCUCCACCGGCCGCCGGGUGUCCUUCAAUGAAGCAGCCCUGUUUGAGCAGAGUCGGAAAGCGCAGGACAAGGGCCGCCGGUACACCCUGACGGAGGGGGACUUCCACCACCUGAAGAAUGCCCGCCUCACCCAUCUGCACCUGCCGCCCCUCAAGAUCGUCACCAUUCACGAGUGCGACUCCGGCGAGGCCAGUGCAACUGCCACACCACACCCCACGGUUGCCCCCAAGGCCAGCCUUGCCAUAUUCCAGCCCCCGGGGAAGGCCCUCACCGGCCGCUCCGUGGGCCCUAGCUCCGCCCUGCCAGGUGACCCCUACAACUCAGCCGUGGGCCCUGCCAACUUCAGGAUCAGCCCCUCAGCCUCCAGUGACUCCGGGGAAGGCAGCUCGCUGGACACUGGGGCCAGGAGCGCCAAGCCUGGUGCACAGGGGGCCGCAGCAGGGCCUGGGGAUGUGGGCCCAGGCUCUGGGGCAGGCCCCGUCCUGCAGUUCUUCACCCGCCUGAGGCGUCAUGCUAGCCUGGACGGGGCCAGCCCCUAUUUCAAGGUCAAGAAAUGGAAACUGGAGCCCAGCCAGCGGGCAUCCAGUCUGGACACAAGAGGUUCCCCCAAGCGACACCACUUCCAGCGGCAGCGGGCGGCCAGCGAGAGCAUGGAGCAGGAGGAAGGGGAUGCCCCCCACGUGGACUUCAUCCAGUAUAUUGCCAGCGCGGGCGACACCAUGGUCUUCCCAAGCCCCCGCCCCUUUCUGGCCAGCCCCACCAGCCCGCCCCCCAGUCUCGGCAGGCUAGAAGCAGCUGAGGAGGUGGGCGCCGCAGGAGGAGCGAGCCCUGAGUCCCCCCUGGAGCGCGGCAUCAUCGCAGGGCCUGAACAGCUACAAGACUCAGAUGGAGAGCGAGACGCGGGGCUCGAGCAGGCCCCGACCAUCUACCGCGAUAUCUGGAGUUUGCGUGCCUCACUCGAGCUGCAUGCGGCUGCCUCCUCAGACCACAGCAGCAGCGGCAACGACCGUGACUCGGUGCGCAGUGGCGACAGCUCGGGCUCGGGCUCCGGGGGCGCCGCACCCGCCUUUCCACUGCCCUCGCCGCCGCCUACACCCGUGCCGCGGCCGGCGGAUGGAGAGACGGGCGGACCGCGCAAGCUGCUGCAGAUGGACAGCGGCUAUGCCAGCAUCGAAGGCCGCGGCGCGGGGGAUGAUGGGCCCCCCAGUGAGCCUGAGAAGCGCUCCUCCUUUACGAGUGCAGGCCGCGAGGCCACCGUGGGCUGCAGCUUCGAGAGCUCUGCUCCAGAGACACCCGUCCGUCCCCGCAGCCCGCGUGCUUGGCCUCGCCGUGCCCCGCGCCGCGACUACAGCAUCGAUGAGAAGACAGAUGCGCUGUUCCACGAGUUUCUACGCCACGACCCGCACUUCGACGACGCCCCGUCUGCCACAGCGCGCCAUAGGGCGCGCGCGCACCCCCACCCCCAUGCACGCAAACAGUGGCAGCAGCGUGGCCGGCAGCACAGCGACCCUGGAGCACGCGCUGCGCCCCCCACCCCAUCCACAGCCCAAUCUGGUGCCCCCCGCCCCGCACGCGCACCCCUGCGCCGCGGAGACAGUGUCGACUGCCCGCCCGACGGCAGAGCAGGCGACGACCCAGCCACAUCCUCCAUCCCCGUCAUCGAGGAGGAGCCCGGUGGUGGAUGCCCGGGGUCCGGCCUGUGUGCCGGGCCCCCGGGUGCGCUGCUGGACAAGCUGGCGGCCACCUUCGACGACAGGCUCUUUCCGCCGCGGCCUGCCCAGCCGGUCGCCGUGGCACCUGCCUUGGCCACGGCCGCGCCCACGUCCCCUGACCACAGCCCGGUCUAA